AAUGCCUCAUUUCUUCAAAAUUGAAGACAUAUUCCAUAUUUUCAACUAAAGCUGAAGAAAAAUGGCCGGACCACCACACCACAUUGCCGGAAAAGACACGGGCUGCGGCUUCAUAGGGGCCAUUUUCGGCACUCGGCAGCAGCGUAAAACACCUCCGGUGCCACGGCUCGAAGCUUCCAAAGAGCACCGACAACCCCAAUUUCCCGGCCACCACACAUCAAAACGACCACCACGUACCCGCAACCACACCCCAACAGAAUUAGUAUACACCGGCUUCGCUAAACCAAUUGAAAAACCCCCACCCCCCACCAUAAAAAAACCGGCCACCUUGCAAACCAAACCGGUUGUUAAACCAACGUGUAACAAUUCACCCUUUAAACCGGCCACCUUGCAAACCAAACCGGUUGUUAAACCAACGAGUGAUCAUUCACCCUUUAAAGGUACAUUAUACAAUGUGUCACAAGUAACCAAUAUGUCAUACACUAAACAGCUCCGAAAAGAACCGAGUUUCACCUCAAGUGAGCUGAGUCUGCGAAUCUCGGUUCGUGGAACACCAACCUCAGGUGGCUCGGUUUAUGGCACCUCGUUGAACCAGAUACCGGGCCACUUGGGUAAUCUAAUGAGGAAAAAACCGGACAUUGCGAAAUCUUACGGGAAACUAGGAAACAUUUACGGGAGCUCGGGUAACAAGACCGACCCUGAGGUGUUUAAAAACAUAGGUAAUGAGAAGUACAAACAAGGGCGGUUCGAAGAGGCGAUCAAGUUGUAUACGGAAGCAAUUGGGAUAGAUUCGAAGGUCGCGUGUUAUUAUAGCAAUAGAAGUGCUGCAUUGAUCGGUUUAGGAAAGUUUAUUGAUGCAAUUCUGGAUUGUAAAAUCGCUAUUCGUAUAAAUCCUUCUUAUCAUCGUGCUCAUUACCGCCUUGCCUCGCUCUAUCUCAGGUUUGGGGAGACGGCGAAAGCUCUAUGUCAUUACAAGUGUUCAGGGGAGAAAGCCGAAAGACAUGACCUUGCAAAGGCACAAGCUAUUAAAUCACAACUCCUUACAUGUUCAGCGGCUCGGAAUACCAAGGAUUGGAAAAGAUUACUAAAAGAAAGCCAGUUUGCAUACUCGUUAGGCGCGGAUUCAUCACUUGAGGUUUACGCUAUGCAAACCGAAGCGUUAUUAAAUCUCCAUAAGCACGACGAGGCGUAUUCGUGCUUUCAAAAUGCACCGGUUAUAGAUGUGAAUAUCGCGGCUAGGUUGUUUGGAUCAACGGUUACUAGUUACUUCUUAAUGGUUCAAGCACAAGUUUAUUUAGCAUCGGGCCGGUUUGAGGAGGCGGUUAAUGUGUCAUUACGGGCAUCUGAGCUUGAUCCAAGCGAGGCAGUUUUUGUUGUAGCAAGGAAAACCCGAGCUUUGGCCAAAGCUCGAGCAAACGGUAACAAGAUUUUUAAGGCAUCACAAUUUUACGAGGCGUGCAAAGCAUAUAGCGAAGGGUUGGAGCAUGAACCAUACAAUUCGGUACUGUUAUGCAAUCGGGCUGCUUGUCGUUACAAACUAGGUCAGUUUGAACGAGCUGUAGAAGAUUGUACCAUAGCCCUUAAUCUAAGACCUUCAUACGCCAAGGUUAGACUCAGAAGAGCCCAAUGCAAUGCCAAGUUAGAAAGAUGGGAGGCUGCAAUUCAAGAUUACGAUGUUUUAAACCACGAAACGCGAGGAGAUGAGGCAGUCGAGCGGGAAUUUUUGGAAGCUCGGAUGCAACUCGAGAAGCAAAACAUUGCAAACACCAAACCCGUCAAACUAAUCAACGAUUCUAACACGGAAGAAUUCGGAGGGUUUUUAAUCGCGGUUUGAGAGAAGAACAAGGACUAGAAAUGGAAAUGAUGACCGGGUGCAAACCCAACAGGUGAACAUAUUAUAUAGAUCCGGUCGGCUUAAGGUUUAAUUCAUUUAUUUAUUUGUGUACGUGUGGUUUUGUUUUAAUUUAUGGUUUAGAUGGAGCCUAAUGUAGUGUCAUAUGGACUAUUUAUUUGGAACCGUACAAGAUUUCCGGGCCCAAAAUCAAAAGGUGUGUCGUGUAACUAAAUUAAUAAAUUAAUUUUUAGUCGGCAUUUA